AUGAAUGCUACUAGUCAUUCAAUUGUCAUGACACUUCAUCCAGCAACAAUCAAUGACGAGAGUAUCAAACGUUUUCAACCAAAUCAAAAAUAUAUUUUCUCAUUGAUUGCACUGAACGAAAAUAAUGAUACAGUCAUUCCCGAACAAUUCUAUGAUUUUCAAAUGCCAUCCGAAGAUGAUGAUCGUCAACCGCCGAAAACGCCAUUAGAAUUAAAUCUAAUUCCUCGUUCGAAAACGUCCGUUCUUUUGCAAUGGACUGAUGUCGAUUAUCCAAAGUCCAGUCGUUUACCAUCAUCACGUCGUUAUAAGAUUCAAGUGCACGAAUUAGAUCUGAAUCAACAAAUUGUAAAACAACAAGAAAUCUUGACCAAUAACGAACAAUCACAUCUGAUUGAAAACUUAAAACCGUUAACAAACUAUGAAUUUGCCGUGAAGGCAAUUGAUGGUGAUCUCGAAAGUGAUUAUUCGUUAUCAAUUGAGUAUUCGAAUGCGAUCUAUCCGAUAAAACAGUUAAAUAUGAUAACGAAUAAUGAUCCGUCAAAGGUAACAUUAACAUGGCAAAUGCCGGAAGAUACAAGUGGAAUUAAAUCAUUUAUUAUUUAUUAUAAUGAACAAGGAGAAAGUGGACCGGAACAGAAAGUUAUCGUACCUGCUGAUUCUACGCAAACGACAAUUUCAAAUUUAAAACCGAAUACAAAAUAUUUGUUUAGAAUUGUUUCAGCUAAUCAAUUUAAUGAUGAAUCAACACCCGAAACAAGAUUGUAUAAAACACCAAAUGUUGUAGACACAAAGAAUGUUGAAGCGAAUAAAGUUCAAAAUAUAUUCGGCUGGCCAUCGUUGGGAUUAUCAAAUAAUUCUUGGCUAAUCAUUCUGAUUGUAAUCAGUAUCAUCUGUCUAUGCGUAUUUAUCACUGGUAUUAUGAUUUGUUCUCGAACACAAUGCUGUUUUUGUGUGUCAAAUGAUAAAAAACAAAUUCACGAUUCUCCAACACAUCUCCAUCAACGGCAAUAUUCUCCGACAAGUAACACAGCAUCAUCGUCGCUUAUUAAACCAACUGAUCUUUGGGCCGGAGCAGAUUGUCUUUCACCACCGACAGCAACAAUUCGGAAUUCGAAUGUUGGAGAGAGACACUAUGAAACAUCAUCAACAGCUGGUAGUGGAACACUACAACGAUGUAACCAUCAUCAUCAUCAUCAUCAUCCUCUGUAUCUUCACAAUCAAGAAACGCAACCACUGACAAAUAAUCUGGAAUCAAAUAUGGACCAACAACGACAUUCAUUUGUACCUUCAAACGAUGGUUCGAGUUCGAUUGAUGGAAAUACAAGUGGAUUUACAUUGAACGGAAAAUUUAAUGCUAGUGUCCGCUCAAGACCCAUUGCCGUUGGCGGAUCAUUUGAUCAGCAAACACAAAAGAAAUCCAUGAAGAAUCUACCAAUGGGUACGGCAUAUAUUAUGAAUCAUACGAAUAUAGUUCAACAACAACAGCAUGUCACCGUUCGACCUAUUCAGCAAAAAGCUCAAUAUAUUGUGCGACCCAGUGACCAAUCCCAUUCAAUUGGAUCAGGUCCAUCAUCACCCGACUACCAACAUUCCCCGUCCAACAGUCAUUGCAGCUCAAAUCAUAAUCCACCAUCGAUUCAAUCAAAUUCUUUUCAAGGAACUGCUGUCUACGAUAAAGUCUCCAAUACAAAUAAUGCUAAUGAACAUUCCGACAGUCAACGUGCUCUUCUUCUCACUGCCAAACCGAAUCUACGCAGUUUUACCGUUCCUGUUGCCCCACCAAUUAUUCCACCACCGACAGUUUCCGCUAAACAACAAGCAACUGUUUUACCGGCAAAUGCUCAAUACAAAUCGCCAUUUCGUAGUCCAAAUCGUCCGAUAUUGAAUAAUUAUACAAAAGAAAUUUCGUCUGAUGAAAUUGAUGCCAAUCCAGCUGAUGUCCUCGAAGAUGUACGCAAUCAACUCGGCAAUCUAAUGAAGAAAGAUUUUCAAUGUUAG